GGCAAAAUAUCUUCAGGUCAUCCCUGAGAAAUCUUCUACUUCUCCCACUGCAAACCAUAACAAAGUAAUACAAAAUCAUGGAAUUCCUGACAAACAGUUGCAGUAUAACCACUUAUAUGCAUCCCUUUAUAAUAACAAGAGUUCCAGAAAUACAUCACCCGCUCCGAUUGACAAGCAAAACAAAAACACUCUCAAGCCAAACAUCUAGAGGAAGUAUAAGAUGCAAUGGGAUGAGAGAACAAAAAGCAGGACCCAUGGAUUAUUAUGAAUUGCUUGGAGUUUCAUUAGAUUCUACUGCACAGGAGAUCAAGGAGGCUUACAGAAAAUUGCAAAAGAAACACCACCCUGAUAUUGCUGGCCAAAAAGGUCAUGAAUACACUCUUCUGCUUAAUGAGGCUUACCAUGUGUUGAUAAGAGAAGAGCAGCAGGGAAGAAGAUGUAUGGUUUCAAAUAACAAGAGGAGAGGUGGCUUUGCAAGUGAUUUCUCUGGUUCAGGUUAUAGUUCAUGGAAUGGUCCAUUGAGGUCACAAGCUCUCUUUGUAGAUGAAAAUAAAUGCAUAGGUUGCCGGGAAUGCGUGCAUUGUGCCAACAAGACAUUUGUGAUGGAUGAGACUGGAGGUUCUGCAAGAGUUAAAGUUCAAUUUGGAGAUGAUGAUAAAAAUAUUAAGGUAUCAGUUGAUGCAUGUCCAGUGAACUGCAUCCAUUGGGUGGACAGUGGAGAGCUGCCAUUGCUGGAGUUUUUAAUCAGGCCACAGCCAAAGGAGUCUUAUGGUGUUUAUGGAGGUGGGUGGGAGAGGCCUGGAGAUGUUUUCAGUGCUGCCAAACGACUCAAAAAGCAUUUGGAAAGAGAGGAAAACCAGUGCACCCAUGGACAUUCAUACUAUGAAGAAGGUGAUGAUGCUGCAGAAGAGGAGACACCAGCUCAAGUCAAAGCAAGACAAGAGGCUAGCAUGAAGUUAAGGUUGGAAAAAUACUUUGGAAUAUGGGGUUGGUUGGGAGAAGUUUUUAUCUCAAAGUGAAGUAGAGAGAAAGUUAUAUGUUUCUUUAUAUUAAAAAAAAAAAAAAUGUUUAGAAGAAACUAAACUCUUUUUUAAAAGGUUAAAUUCAUCAAUGCUCAUAUUAAAGCAAACGAACACGAUGAAGCAUAGUGAUUGUUUUAGUUGCA